GCUUCGGGACCCCCCCUCCCUUGAUAGAAACGUUGGAGCACCGCAGCCGCGUUCAAACUGUCUGUCCUUCUGAGCGCGCGGCUGUCUGCGCCUCUCUCUUUCUGGAACAGGACGGGCGGGCGCGCGCGGCUCUCGGUGCGACCCGCAUCCACAGGUGGAGCCCCCCGGACCCCCUCUGACGCCAUGGGCUCCGUGCUGCCCGGCUCCUCGCGGGGCCUCAAGCCGCCGCCGCCGCUCUCGCUCGCGGACAUCAUCACCUCCGACAUCCUGCACAGCUUCCUGUACGGCCGCUGGAGGCACGUGCUCGGCGAGCAGCCGCACCUGCAGCCGCACCUGCAGCCGCAGCAGCACGAGGACCUGCGCACCGCGCCGAGCCCCAAGACCGCCUUCACCGCGGAGGUGCUGGCGCAGUCCUUCUCCGGAGAGGUGCAGAAACUGUCCAGCCUGGUGUUACCCAGUGAGGUGAUCAUCGCUCAGAGUUCAGUUCCAGGAGAAGGACUGGGGAUUUUCUCGAAGACCUGGAUCAAAGCGGGGACAGAGAUGGGGCCCUUCACCGGGCGGCUGGUGUCCCCCGAACACAUCGACCUGUACAAAAACAACAACCUGAUGUGGGAGGUGUUCAAUGAAGACGGGACUGUCAGGUACUUCAUCGAUGCCAGUCAGGAGGACCAGAGGAGCUGGAUGACCUACAUCAAGUGUGCGCGGAACGAACAGGAGCAGAACCUGGAGGUGGUUCAGAUCGGCAGCAGCAUUUUUUACAAGGCUGUGGAGACUAUUCCACCAGACCAAGAACUGCUUGUUUGGUACGGAAACUCCCACAACACCUUCCUGGGAAUUCCUGGAAUUCCAGGAGGAGACGAGGAGCAAACAAAGAAGAGCAAAAGUGACGAAUUCCACACCUGCGAUGGCUCCUCCUCCUCUUCAUCCUCCUCCUCCUCCUCCUCCUCUUCAACCAGUCUGGGCCGCAUGCGGUGUGUCAUAUGUCACCGUGGCUUCAAUUCUCGCAGCAACCUGCGCUCUCACAUGCGCAUCCACACCCUGGACAAGCCCUUCGUGUGCCGCUUCUGCAACCGCCGCUUCAGCCAGUCCUCCACCCUGAGGAACCACGUGCGCCUGCACACCGGCGAGCGGCCCUACAAGUGCCACGUCUGCCAGUCUGCCUACUCCCAGCUGGCUGGCCUGCGGGCGCACCAGAAGAGUGCGCGGCACCGACCCUCCGGGGACGCCGGCAACCCUGGGGCGGGUGUGGUUGUGGUGGGGGGAGGAGGGGGAGUGCACUCACCGCCUCCGUCUCACCCGCCACAGCUGACGGCUGUACCCCACCCGGCAUCUCUGGUUCAUCACAUCCCCACCAUGGUGCUGUGAUCUCCAACCGGGGAGACCCCAUAACGAUAGUGGAACACACACACAUACCCACACACACACUGGCUUAUUAACCCUCUAACACCUGAAGCUUCACCAGUGACACUUAAAUCUUUAACGUAUUGGAACUAUUCAACCGCUAAAGCUUUUCUCCUUCACAAUCUUCUGGAAAUAUGUUAACAAUUGAAAAGUUACAGUAAAUCAAAGAACAGAAACACUGGAGCUCUGGUGUUAAAGGGUUAAUGGAAACAAACCCAACCAAUGAGAGUUCAGAUGGACCCUAACCUGAACAAACACACCUGCCUGAAGUGACACACUCAAACACCUAUCCAGCUCUUGAUGAGCCUUCCAGCAUCUGCAUGAUCAGAUAUGCUAACCUGUCUUUGUGGACGAGAAUGUUAAUGUUGUUUGGUUUGCAUGCUCCUGGGUCUCUGUUAAAGCUCGUGAUGAGUGCUUCCCAGCACAGGGGGGCGCUGCAGCCUCAGCACGGAAACUUCUUCACAGGACAGCAGUGAGUUCCUGUAGGUUCAGGGCUGACUCCCAGCAGGUGAUCUGUCCUGGUCCAACUGUCGUCUAGUUCGAACUCUUUGUGUCCAGAACUCACGUAAUCCAGCAGGUGACAGAAUGCACUUGGGAAGAAGAGUUAGCAUCUAAUCAUUAAGCCCUAGAACAUAUUUAGAAUGAAGGUUAAACACAUACAUGGUCUUUUCUAGAGUUCUAGGAUAAAUAAAAUCAGUUCAAAACACUUUUUAUUUUAUCAAACCCUUUCUCAUAAUUGCACCAACAUCGUAAAAUGGCAGCUCAAUGGAUGAGAGUGUUGGUCUGGAGCAUGCAGCCACUGCACAGACACUGCAACCACUGCAGCCACUGCAGCCUCUGGAACCAAUGCAACCACUGCAACCACUGCAGCCACUGCAGCCACUGCAGCCACUGCACAGCCACUGCAGCCACUGGAUCAACGCUGCAAAGUCUAAUUGAUCACAAACGAUUUAGACACAUCAGUCAGUCUUGGUCCGUCUCUCUCCUUUCCUCGUUUUGGUAACUCUGAGUCUCUGGAGCUCUCACAGCAGCUCUUCUUCUUGGCUGACACUAUUUCAUUCCAUUCCAAACACCAGCUGAAAUACAGGAAAACGAGGAGCACCAAAUGAAUCAGUAGACAACAAGUGAUUCUGUAACAUCUUGGAAGUUUAUCUCAAUAGUAGAUUCAGCUGGAAUAACUUCAGCUAAAGCUCCAAACUACAGAACUCUGAAAAUCCUGUGAGGAAGUUUGCUGGUGACUAGAGGACGCAGAGAUGAAGAUGUUUUAUUAAUAUUAGUAUUGGUGUGCAUAAGCAUUAAAGUGACACUUUUCUAAAAGGUCAAAUCCCUGUAAAUGCUUUCUGAUCAUUCACAUUUGUUUCAAAUGAAACUUUUCAGACUGAUUCCUCAUAUUAGAGCUGACUGGCAAAUGUUCAUGUAAAUAGGUUUGAAACUGAGGGAAAUCCGACUGUGAAUAUAAAUUUACACAUGUUUAUGCCCGCAAAAGAAUCCAGUCACUUUAUUUCUUUAUAUGUAUAAGAUAUGUAUCAGUAUAUGAAAUGAGUCAUGAUUUCUAUAAAGGACGAUGUAUUUAAGCCUAUAAAAUCCUAAUAAAGUAUUCCUGCCCUUCA